AUGCAGAGGCUCUUUUUUCUAAAUGGUGAUCAAGAUCUUUUUUCAUUUCUAUUAGUGGAAUUUGGUGUAGUGAAGUUUCCAGACUAUGUUUGCAGCAUCUCUCAUUGCAUUUUUCAAGAAAGAAGUGAUCUACUCCCAUCAUUCUUUUCUCGCUUUUCAGCUUCCUGGGUCUAUUCGAAAAUACUCACAUUAGGUGUCUCCGUUUAUGAAAGAGACCGCAGGUAUGAAGAUGCAAUAAGGAUUCUAAAGAUACUACUUAGUAAAGUUGCUUGUGAUAGACGGCGAGGAUAUUGGGCACUGAGGCUAUCCAUUGAUUUGGAGCAUGUGGGUCGUGCAAAUGAGAGCCUUUCCACAGCUGAAGGAGGAGCAAUUGAUCCAUGGGUCCGUGCUGGUUCAAAGUUUGCGCUGCAAAGGAGAGUGCUGCGUUUAAGCAAACCUCCACGACGCUGGAAAGUUCCCAGUUAUGCUGAUUAUGUUAAGAGAAAUAUAAGAGAGGCAAGCAUUGAAGGAAGGCCAUUGAAUUGCGAGACAGGAGCAAAGAAUGUAUUUUAUGGUUAUGAUGGGGAACUUUGUGGGGUAGAGCAGUUGGCUUUACAAUAUUAUGCUGAUGAAGGUGGUGGUUGGCAAGGUACCCAUUCGGAAGGUGGCAUUUGGAUGACUAUCUUUGGCCUUCUAAUGUGGGACGUAAUGUUUUCAGACAUACAAGACGUUUUCCAGUCUAAAUUCCAGACAGCCCCCCUUGAUCUGGAAACAGAUGACUUCUACAAAUCUAGAAAGGACCUUGCAGAAUCUCAGUUGAAGAAGAUACAAGAUGGAAUGGCUGAAGAGAUGCUCAUCAGCUCCUGGGAGCUACAUCAGGGGACAUCCUGCCAAGGUGUUAACUGGGCCCGUUAUUCGUUAACUGAUCUACGGGCUGUCGUUGCAUGCAUUGGUGGCCAUCGCUUGGCAUCGCUUCUCCGCCAUCUAGCAGUUGAUUACAGGAGCUGGUCGAGUGGAAUGCCUGAUCUGCUGCUAUGGCGUUUCCUUGAUGAAAGAGGUGGAGGUGAGGCUAAACUUGUGGAGGUCAAAGGACCAAGGGACCAGCUGUCAGAGCAACAGCGUGCAUGGAUUCUUGUUCUCAUGGAUUUUGGAUUCGAUGUGGAAGUUUGCAAAAUAGAAAGGGCAAAUCUGUAA